AUGGCUCAGUCGAUUAGGAGCGGCGGUGGGGGUGGAGGGAGGUAUUAUCAGGUGGGGGAUUACGUGGUGGAGAACCGUAUAGGGUCCGGUUCAUUCUCGACCGUGUGGAACGGGCGCCACCGCAUCCACGGCACUGAGGUGGCGAUCAAGGAGAUCGUUACCGCUCGAUUGAAUUCCAAACUCAAAGAAAGUCUCAAGUCCGAGAUAUUCAUCCUCCAGAAAAUCAAUCAUCCUAACAUCGUUCGCUUGCUAGACAUGAUCGAGGAAUCUGGAAAUUUGUACAUCAUUUUGGAGUACUGCAAAGGGGGUGACCUUUCAGAGUAUAUUCGACGACACCAAGGAAAGUUACCUGAAGCAACUGUAAAGCACUUUAUGCAGCAACUAGUGGCAGGCCUGAAAAUUCUCCGUGAAAACAACGUUAUACAUCGAGAUUUAAAGCCUCAGAAUCUCCUCCUAUCCACUAACGAUGACAAGCCCAUUCUGAAGAUUGCUGAUUUUGGAUUUGCAAGAUCUCUACAUGGAGACCUUGCAGAAACCUUAUGUGGCUCACCACUGUACAUGGCUCCUGAGAUAAUGCAACUCCACAAGUAUGAUGCAAAGGCAGAUCUAUGGAGUGUUGGUGCCAUUCUAUUUCAACUUGUCACCGGAAAAACCCCAUUUACAGGAAGCAGUCAGAUACAGCUGCUUCAGAACAUUUUAAAAUCAACUGAAUUGCAGUUUCCAUUAGAUGCAAAGGAUUUGAAUCCUCACUGCAAAGAUUUAUGUAGAAAAUUGUUGCGCCGCAAUCCAGUGGAGCGGUUGACAUUUGAAGAAUUUUUCAACCACCCAUAUCUUUCUCAGUUGCAGCCAAGUGAAUCAUUCAGGAAUAAACAAUUGCAAAGACUGAUAGAUGGUUUUCCUGUCUCUGGAAGGAACACAGUAGAAACUGCACAAGAAGAUUGCUUAGAUUUCAAUCUAGAUGAUGAUACCAGCAGUCCCGAUGAGAGCCCAUCUUCCUUGAGGAGGUCACCGAUGAGAUCUAUGUAUGGAUUUUCUCCGGAUACAAAAGUUGAUAGGAGGGAAGUUUCUACUAUGUCAAAAAAUUUACAACUUAUUUCCAAGUAUAGUAAAGCGCCCCAUACACCAGAAAUUACUGGAUUUAUUCUUGGUGGCCAGCAACUUUCAGAAGGAAAUCUGAAUGAGAAUCUUAAAACCAACGACCUGGCAUCAGUACAUAAUAGUUCAACAGUUGUAGAUUCACUGGAGUCAAUUGAACAUGAUUAUGUCAUCGUGUCUGGUCCUCCAAUGGAUUUGUCAUCUUCAGUGCAUGCUUCUAAGCCAAAUUAUUUGCCAUCUAAAUCUAUCCCACCACAUAACUUUGGAAGCACAAUUCCCACUCCCACUGCUCAACUGCCAAUAAGUGGUGCAGAAACUGGUAGAGUGGAUUUCAUUGGGAGCUUGGAAAGUCACAGCUCUGUUCCCGGGACUUCACAAGGACCAAUGGAUGUAGAAGACACUUUAGAGCAACCAUCAACUGAUUGCAUGACUAGGAUCAAAUCAUUGCAGUGUUGUGCAUCUGCUAUCACUGAGUUGGUGAAUGAGAAGGCGGAGACAGGUAAGCAAUUGGAAGCAUUCUCGAUUCAGCUUGUGAUUCUUGCUAUAUGGAAGCAAGCAUUGGAUGUUUGUCAUUCUCUAAUGGCAUCAACUACUGAAGGAAGUCCAACCCAAGAGACUACAAAAUUGAGGUUGCUUUCUAAGGUGCAACAUGGUCCUGAUGUUCAGGAGCGUCUUGAUUCUGCUAAAACUCAGGGGCCGCCGGAUAUUUGUUCUCAAAUUGAGAGAGCAUUUCUUCAUGAAGUUGGGAAUGCAGAGGAACUUUCUGGAGUUAUAAAGCCUGGAAAUAGGGAAAUGCCAGAUUCAAUGGAGCUGAUAUACCAAUCUGCUCUUGCUUUCGGCAGACAUGGAGCUGUGAACGAGUAUCUGGGUGAUACAAAAAAUGCCGUGAUAUUUUAUUCAAAAGCAGUGUGCUUAUUAGUAUUUCUUCUGGUCGAAGCACCAUCCCUCAUUCUGAAUCCUCGGUUUUCUCUAACAAACUCUGACCGAUUUAGAAUUAAGAAUUACAUUGAGAUCCUUAAAAACCGGCAGAGUAUUUCAGAGUCUCAAAGACUGGCUAUUUUCAACUCUGAGAAUCAGCAACCCUGCCAUGAAAGCCAGGGCAGCUGUUGA